UAAUCUGUGGCGGACGCACAUACUAACGACAUACCGGAAUUGCUCUCCCAACGGUCGACACCCGACGGGGCAGCACAGCGAUGUUGCUGUCGCGCCAUCUGUCGCUUGAGUUUGUCGAGGAGCUCCGCCCAGGAACACCCGACGGGCGAUUGGUCACCUGCAGCGUCGCCGGGCCAGUUCCAUAUGGUGCAAAGGAUCCUGCCGGCUAUUACUUCCACUUAAAGGCGCUACAGCAGGCUGGGCUAUGGGAGGAUCCCACGCCAACUGAGGAUGCCGACGCCGACGCCAAUGGUACAGCAGACGCUGCCGCCUCAGCGGCGGCUGCCGCGGGUGCUGACUCGGACAAGCCCCCACCGGGUGUGGACUGGAAGGGUAGCAAGGCUCGUAAGCGCAAGGCGGUGAAGAAGAAGGACGGCUCGGACCCGUACUCUCUGCUCGGACUGGCCAACGAGCGGUGGACCGCUUCCGAGGCCCAGAUCAGGGCGGCCUACCGGAAGACAUGUCUGGAGAACCACCCGGAUAAGGCCCUCAUUAAUGUCACGGACGAGGCGGAGCGGGAGCGCAUUGUGGAGCACUUCAAAACCAUCCAGGAUGCGUACGACAUCCUUAGCGACCCAGCCAAGCGGAGGGAGUUUGACUCAACGGACGAGUUUGACGACACGUUGCCGUUGCAGUGCGACCCGAAGGACUUCUUGAAGGUGUUCGGUCCCGCCUUCCGCCGUAACGCCCGCUGGUCCACCGUGGAGCCCGUACCGGAUGUCGGGGAUGACAGCACCCCCUGGGGGGACGUGUCCAAGUUCUAUGAUUUCUGGUACACGUUCAAAUCCUGGCGCGAGUUCCCUCAUCCGGACGAGGAGGACGUGGAGGCGGCGGAGAGCAGGGAGCACCGCCGCUGGAUUGAGCGAAACAACGCAAAGCUGCGUGAGAAGGGCAAGAAGGAGGAGGGACGCCGGCUGCGGGAGUUCGUGGAUGCAGCUUACAAACAUGACCCACGGGUCCUUCGUAAGAAGGAGGAGGACCGUCUGGAGCGGGAGCGCAAGAAGGCGGAGAAGGAGGAGGCGCGACGUAGGGCCCAGGAGGAGGAGGAGGCGCGCAAGGCGGCCGAAGAGGAGGCGCGCAGGGUUGCCGAGGAGGAGGCCAAGCGGGUGGCUGAGGAGGCUCGCAAGCAGCGCGAGGCGGUCAAGGCGCAGUUGAAGCAGCUCCGGAAGAGGCUGCGGACGGUCGCCGAGGGCUCGGGUGGAGCCCGGUUGGUGAGCGAGGACGAUGUGGAGAAAUUGAUCACCAAGUUGGAGCCCGAGGCUUUGGCUGUGCUAGUUGAAGCCCUCAGUAGCUGCGAUAUAUCCGAGGGGGAGACGGCGGCGGCGGCGCAGAAAGGUUUGCUGACGGAGGCUCUGCGGGGCAUCGACCAGCGGGAGGAGGAGGCUGCUCGGACGCGCGAGGCAGCCAAGCGGGAGGCGGAGCUGGCUGCCAAAGUGGCAGCUCGGGAGGAGCACCGCCGCAAGAUGGCGGCCAUGCGCGAGUGGAGCGAGGAGGAGCUUCGGCUGCUUGAUAAGGCCUGUAACAAGUUCCCGAUGGGUACCCCCAAACGGUGGGAGGCGGUGGCCGCCUUCGUCCGCACUCGCACCCUGGACGAGGUGUUGUUGAUGGUGAAGGACCGGCAGGGGGCCUCAGCCACCAGGAUGAAGGCGCAGGAGGACUGGAAAGGCGCGCAGAAGAAGCCAGCGGAGGUUAGGGCACAAGCCGACACGCGCGCCGAGGCGUUCACGGAUGUGGAGGUCAAGCUGACAGGCGAGGCAGCCAUUAAGUUGAUGCAGCCCGCUGCCAAGUCGGCCUCGGGGGCAACGGCAGCAACAGCGACAGCGGCGGCUUCCGCAGCCCCUGCAGCGAAGGCUGCCGCCAGUGGCGGCAGCUCCACCGGCACCCCCGCUGCACCCGCAUCCCCGAGCAGCUCGAGUGCCAGGUCCAAGGCUGCGAAGACCCCAGCGGCGACUGCAACGGCGGCAGGGGCGCCAUCUGAGGGAACCACGGAGGCAGCGGCAGGGGCAACGACGGCGUCCUCGGCGGCGGCGGCCAAAGGCGUGAAGAAGGCGGCGGUGGCAGACUCUGGCGCGUGGAGUGAGGCACAAGAGCUGGCACUGGUAGCGGCGUUGAAGCAGUGUCCAAAGGAGCUGGGGGCGGAGCGCUGGGACGCGGUGGCGGUGCUGGUGCCCGGGAAGACCAAGGCGCAGUGCUUCAAGCGCUUCAAGGAGUUACGGGAGGCCUUCCGGAGCAAGAAACAAGCUGCGGGAGAGAUUAAGGCGUCUGGGGCUUUAUGCGUUUGGGGCUUUGUGCGCAAGGGAUGGGAAGGGAAGGGAGCGGAGGCAAUAGAGAAUAUAUGCACGGUGUUCAGGAUUCAUCCGCUGUGUCGUGACAGUUUUGGACAGAGGUUGGGCAGAGGCUGAUAGAGUCUUCAUGUGCGCGUGUGUGUGUGUUUUUGCGGAGGACAGACGGGCGGGAACGGGUGAUGAAUAGCUAGAUAUGGGUUAGCGUUUGUCCUCUCUUGGGUCCAUGUACCUUUUCAGUGGCGGUCUGAGUGGAGGAGGAAGCGGUGGGACAGCAUGUGUUAGGUGGGGGGUGCAUCCGUGCGUCGCCAUAUCGUGUGUGAAGAUAUGUACUGUACGCGCGGGGCAUGGUAUUGUACCAUCAAAUGGACUGCUGCUCGGAUUGUGGGAUCU